CGGUUAAGGUGGAUCUGAGUUCUCCACAAACUCCCCUUUUUCUUCCAAAGUUGAUUUUCCCCGCCUUUUGAUAUAUCGGAGUACUGUUGUCCGAUGUAUUCAGCUUCUUGGUUGGGGUUGUGGAGAGAGAGAAGAUGGAGAGAAGCAAGGAGGAUUAAUACAUAAGAUGGUGACUCGUCCUGGUGCAGAGACUGCAUAUGAUCUUCGAUAUCAAUUUCUUGUUCAUCCUGAGUGAAGAUUCUUUGCAUCAGCAGACACUGAGUGACCAUACACCAUGACUCCAACAAGCCAGACAAAUGGCGAACCGCUAUCGGACGGCGGCUUCAAAUAUCUAGUCAAGAAUCCCUAUCUUUUCGGUGUUGCUUUGUUCUCAACCCUCGGCGGACUCCUCUUCGGAUAUGACCAAGGCGUUAUUUCUGGCAUUCUGACCAUGGAGUCAUUCGGAGCUCGAUUCCCUCGAAUCUAUACCGAUAGUAACUUUAAAGGAUGGUUCGUUUCUACGCUUUUACUCGCGGCAUGGUUUGGUUCUCUCUGCAACGGCCCUGUUGGAGAUCGAUUAGGCCGUAAGGCUUCAAUGUUGAUUGCAGUGGUAAUCUUCAUCGUGGGUUCGACGGUACAAUGCGGUGCUAUGAAUAUUCCAAUGUUGUUUGCAGGGAGAGCUGUGGCUGGGCUUGCUAUUGGACAGUUGACGCAGAUUGUGCCUUUGUUUAUUUCUGAGAUCUCCGUGCCCGAGGUCAGAGGAAGUCUCGUCGUGCUGCAGCAACUAUCAAUCACAAUCGGCAUCCUAAUCAGUUUUUGGAUCGACUACGGCUCAAACUACAUCGGCGGCACACGCUGUGCCCCUUCAAUCCCUUACACAGGCGGUCCACCAUCCAAACGAACCUUCAAUCCCUACACCGACAUCCCCGCGAAUAAGAAAUGCACAAACCAAUCCGAAGCAAGUUGGCGUCUCCCCUUUGCACUUCAAAUUAUCCCCGCUCUCGCGCUCGGGGUGGGAAUGCUCUUUUUCCCGGAUUCGCCUCGUUGGUUACUCAUGCAUGAACGUGACGACGACGCAAUCGAGACAUUGUGUAAACUGCGUCGUCGAGCCUCAAGGGAUGAUCCGGAGGUGAUUAAGGAAUAUCUCGAAAUCAAAGCGCAGAUUAUGCUUGAGAAUUCUUUUGCGAGAGAUAAAUGGCCGAAUUUGUCUGGGUUGAGACUUGAGGUUGCGCAGUAUAUCUCGUUGGUGAGUACGUGGGCGCGCUUUAAGAGGUUGGCAAUUGGGUGUGUGGUGAUGUUUUUUCAGCAGUUUAUGGGCUGUAACGCAAUGAUAUACUACGCACCAACCAUAUUCUCCCAACUCGGUCUCGAUGGAAACACAACCUCCCUCCUGGCCACAGGCGUAUACGGCAUAAUAAACUCCCUCAGCACCCUUCCCGCCUUGAUAUUCAUAGACAAAGUCGGUCGUCGCCCAUUACUCAUGUGCGGCGCAAUCGGUACUUGUAUUUCGCUCGUGAUUGUGGCUGGUAUUAUUGGUGCUUAUGGAUCUGCGCUUGUAAAUCAAAAGAGCGCGGGUUGGGCGGGGAUUGCGUUUAUUUAUAUUUAUGAUGUUAAUUUCUCCUAUUCGUUUGCACCCAUUGGAUGGGUUUUGCCUUCGGAGAUUUUUAAUCUUUCGAUUCGAUCAAAGGCGAUUUCGAUCACGACAUCGGCUACUUGGAUGUGUAACUUUAUCAUCGGCUUGGUUACGCCAGAUAUGCUUUCGUCCAUUACUUGGGGGACAUAUCUCUUCUUCGCGGUGUUUUGUCUGAUUGCUUUUGCAUUCACGUACUUUGUGAUUCCAGAAACAAGAGGAAAGGUAUGUACAUUUUUAUGAGUUAAGUUAUAGAGACCGUGGAUACUAACUGGCAUGUCUCAUAGACUCUCGAAGAUAUGGACCUCAUCUUUGGCGAUACGGCGGCUCAUGAAGAAAAGGAACGUAUUGUUCAUAUCGAGGCUCAGUUACGCGGAGUACCGCUUGUCAGUGAGGAAGUGCUCAAGUAUGAUAUUGUGCAACAGGAACAUGUCCAUGGUCUGAACUAGGGUCUUGGUAUCCAUUUGGCGACUGGACGCGCAUCAAGAGAGAAGGUUGCUUUCGUCAGGUAUAUCGGCCAUGAACAGACGCUUUCGGGCCAGAAUUGUUAUGACUCUGCAAAUUCCGGAUGCCGAGAGGCACAUACCCAAUCGUAAAAACGAGCAGAUAUUCACUACAUAAAUGCCUCCUAGUAACUCUCGUCGUAUUGCUUGGAAUGUGAGGCAACUUAUGAAUAAUGUUCUUGACCCGGAUAAUUCACCCAUUCAGCAAAAUCCACCCCAGCAGUAGGCGGUGCAAUCCCAACUGCACCCGGGUUACCCAGCUCAGUCUGAAAGAUUCCAAAACCGGUGUCGUUAAAUAAGUGGCCCUGCGAUUGCAUUAUAAAUUGGUUCUGCACACUAGACUGGCUUUCGGCCAGUGAGCCAGGCGAGCAUAGGCGGGUAAUCACGUCAAGGCAACGGAGAGCUACCCAGUUAUUGCUCAAUGUUGGAUGACUCAAUAUAGUUUUUGUUGUCUCUACAUCUUGAUACCAGGAUGCAACGUCUGGUGAAGUAGGGUCGGUCAUGAGAAAGAUGAUGGGGAUAAGGACGGCUUGGAAAAGAAAGUACAAGAUGUACCAGGCGCCGAGUCGUGUGCACAUGUGUGUUUCCAUAUAUUCCAUCAUACAUGAAAUGGUGGCUCGGGCAAACUGUAAACAGUGCAGUCUACAUUCCCUUUCCGCUUCGUCUUCCGGUUCAACUGUGUUUUCUGUGGCCUUCCAGCGUUCCGAAGCCCAGCGAAGAACAAUAGGCCGAUAGAUUAGCAUUCUCAUGUUCAUGUCUCGCCACAUUAAUCGAUUUCGCAUCAGCGCCAACCAGUCUGGUUCGUCUGGAAUAGCACUCUUCAGAUAGUAAGGCAGUUCACUGUGCCAUUCCUCCAUAGGCUUCUGUAAUUCCUGGGCCUCUGCAGUGGUGAUGCUUGGGCUAGAGACGAGUAGUUGCUGGUAAACGUGAUUGGUCUUCAAAUGAAAAUUCGCCUGUGCAAUCAGACCAGAAUAUAUGGUUGGUCCGUUGACUUCAGGUGGUAAUGUCGUUGUGGCUGGUGUGAGUGAUUCCUCAUGGAUAUUCAGAACAUGAUGGGCAUCCAUUAUGGAUUCGUCUGGAAGAAGAAUUGGACGUCCAAAAGUCUUUGCUGCGCCACUAUCGAACAUGAAGACUCCCCACCAUAGCCGCCGGCGAAUUUCCCGUUGUAGCAGGCUAAUCUUCCAGCCUGGAAACUCUUUAUGUAUCCCGAGACUCAUCGACAUUCGUACAGCCAGCCCUAAAUAAUUCCAGCCCGUAUUGGGCUUGUUGCGCUUUUGUGUGUAGUUGCUGAGAAGCACCAAGGCUUGCACUAGAGUGAUGUUGCCCAUUUCAAAUACAGACAUCUGUUGCAGGUAGCUUCUGGCUUCCUGAUAGAAGGUUAUAUCCAGGUCUGAACUGUCAUCGCCAAUACACCAUGCACCAAGAGCAAGAAUCGUAUUGAGAAGAAUAU